GCCGGAUUCUUCAUCAACCAAAACUUGCAUACAACACAGUUAACAAGUCUCUCUUACUUUCCAAUCUGAAAAAAAAAAAAACUCUUCCCUGAAAAUAAUGAUGAACACGAAGAAGCUUAUGAAGAUGGCCAAGAAAUGGCAACAGAGAGCAGCCUUAAGCAGGAAAAGAAUCUCAUUUCAGAGAUCGAUUUCUACUACUAGCAGAUCAAUCUCUGCAGAGAAAGGCUGUUUUGUGGUUUACACAUCCGAUAAAAUACGCUUUGCGUUUCCAAUAAGUUACCUGAACAACUCUGUUUUCCAAGAGCUCUUGAAGAUAUCUGAAGAAGAGUUUGGCCUCUCGACCGGAGGACCAAUCACAUUGCCAUUCGAUUCGGUUUUCUUGGAGUAUCUCAUCAAUUUUAUUCAAAGGCGAAUAGACGGAGACACAGAAAAGGCUCUGCUAAUGUCAAUCUCUAGUGCUAGAUGUUCUUUGCAACAACAAGAACAGAGUAGUCAACAAUUGCUUGUAUUUUAGAGAAUUAAAGUGUAGCAAUUUUCUUGUGUCUGUAAAGAUUCUACUGUAUUAGAUUAGACAGAUUAUUUCAGAAAUACAAACUAUUACUUAUGUUUCUCUU